CUUUGUCUUUUUUUUUUUUGCUUUUGGUUUUGAUAUUUUAUUGUGCUUGCAGUUUCAAUGUCUAUCAGGCAACCUCAGUCAAAACACGGAGACAGUUUGUGAUCAGGGAUGAACUGGUCAAGCCUUGAGACCCUUCUUAGCGGGGUCAAUAAAUAUUCUACAGUGUUUGGUCGAGUCUGGCUGUCUGUGGUGUUUGUGUUUCGUGUUCUGGUGUUUGUGGUGGCAGCUCAGCGCGUUUGGGGCGAUGAGAGCAAAGACUUUGUGUGUAACACCAGGCAGCCCGGCUGCAGCAACGUCUGCUACGACAGCACCUUCCCCAUCUCUCACAUCCGUCUGUGGGCCUUGCAGCUCAUCUUUGUCACAUGUCCAUCACUCUUAGUCAUAGCCCACGUCAGUUACAGAGAGGAAAAAGACAAGAAGUACUUGGCCCUCCAUGAAGGCACCCAUUUAUAUGCCAACCCUGGGAAAAAGCGUGGGGGUCUUUGGUGGACCUACCUGUUAAGCUUGAUCUUUAAAGCCACAGCUGAUGCUGCCUUCCUCUAUAUUCUUCAUCACGUGUAUAAAGGAUAUGACCUCCCUCGAAUCACCAAGUGUUCACUGGAUCCUUGUCCGAAUACGGUGGAUUGUUUCAUCUCCCGUCCCACAGAGAAGAAAAUCUUUACUCUCUUCAUGGUGGUCUCCUCUGCUCUCUGCAUCUUCAUGUGUAUCUGCGAAAUGAUUUAUCUCAUUGGAAAGCGUUUAUUAAAAUACUGUAUGAUGCAAGAUGCACCACCGCGACGAUCUAAAAGACCAGACCCGACGCUUUCCAGCAGCCAAAACUUGAGUUCAGCAAAAUUAAAAGACACCUCAAUGGACAAAACUGCUAUUUAAUGACAGCAGGGUGUCGCCAAACCUGUACAGCCUCAGUGAGUUCGGGAUACAGAAUAAAAAAGACAUCUUUCUUCAACAUCCAAAAUGUAGCAAACAAAUGAAUAAACAAAUUUAAAUAAAUUAGUCAUCUAAGAAUGAGAAUUAGUUAGUACAGACCUCAUGUUGCUUUUAAACACAGUAAUGAAUAUAUAUUUCUUAUAUAAAAGAUGUGAUAGCCA